AUGACCCGCGUCCAGCUCGAUGACCAGACUUCGGUGACGAAGCGCACUGGCGCCGCCAACGGUCACUCCUCAUCUGGCCUGUUCGCCCCAUCCGCCCCAUCAGGGAACGGCGAGGACGUCACAACCGACAAGAAGGUUGUGCCAUCAGAUACGCCGACGGCGCCGACCCGCCGCUUCCCGGAAGAGGAGGAAGAGGAUAUCCUCCGUGAGACCGAGGACCGCUUCGUGCUUUUCCCUAUCAAGUACCGAGAGAUCUGGCUCGCGUACAAGCAGGCGCAGGCGAGCUUCUGGACGGCCGAGGAGCUGGAUCUCGGCACCGACAUGCACGACUGGAACGACAAGUUGACUGACAAUGAGCGCUACUUCAUCCUCCGCAUCCUCGCGUUCUUUGCAUCUUCGGAUGGCAUUGUUGGCGAGAAUCUGAUCUCGAUGUUCUCCAUGGAGGUGCAGAUUGCUGAGGCACGAGCAUUCUACGCUUUCCAGACAAUGAUCGAGCAGGUGCACGCGGAAACGUACUCGCUUCUCAUCGAAACAUACGUGCAGGAAACAGAAGAGAAGGAUUUCCUUUUCAAGGGCAUGGAGAAGAUUCCCUGCAUCCGAAAGAAGGCCGACUGGGCGCUCAAGUAUAUCACGCCUGAGAUGCCGUUCCGCACGCGCCUCAUCGCAUUUGCUUGUGUGGAGGGCAUCUUCUUCUCUGGGUCAUUUGCAGCAAUCUUCUGGCUCAAGAAGCGCGGGCUGAUGCGCGGCCUGACCUUCAGCAACGAGCUCAUCUCGCGUGAUGAGGGCAUGCACACCGACUUUGCAUGUCUGCUCUACCAGUACCUCAAGCACCGCUGUUCGCAGACAGAGGUGCACCGUAUCGUCAGUGAGGCUGUCGAGAUCGAGAAGGAAUUCUUGACAGACGCAUUGCCCUGCGCCCUGAUCGGUAUCAACGCAGGCUCCAUGUGCCAAUACAUGGAGUUCGUGGCGGACCGUCUGAUCGUCGCCCUCGGCUACGACAAGAUGUACCACGCCACGAACCCAUUCGACUGGAUGGAGCUCAUCAGCCUGCAGGGCAAGGCCAACUUUUUCGAGUCGCGUGUCAGUGCGUAUCAGAUGGCCAACGUCAGCCGGUCAGCGACGCCUGGGCGCGCACGCUCCGACUCGUUCAACGAGGGGCAGAUUAAUCGCCGCGUGUUUCGCACCGACGCCGAUUUCUAG